AUGAUGUCUCCUCAGAGAUCUACUGGUUCGAGUCGCCGCAGAGGAUCCUCAGUCGGUCAUAUUAAUGUUGGAGAUACUGCCGCACCAGGUUUCUCAACAAUGAAAACUACUCUAGCUCAACGCCGUAAACUGGACCAACGGAUUCAGGCAUUGAGCAAAGAAUCGAAAACAGACAUUGCCAUUAUGAAAAAGGUGUUUGUUGCUAUCCGUGAAAUGUGUUCUAGACAAACAUGGAUCGUACCCUUUAGUGCCUUGGUUUUUUUCUAUGGUCUUUACUUUCUAAGCGGCCUGGACACUAAAGUCCACAACGUCCUCGAAGGUAUGAUGUUCCCUUCUUAUCCUAUUGAGGGCACAGACCAAUACGGAAAGGGUGUUAACGAUUUCUAUUUCGUUGGCUUCUAUGCGUUAUUUUUUUCCUUCCUAAGAGAGUUUUUAAUGUGUGUCGUCAUGAGGCCAAUGGCAAUCCGUUUAGGCGUCAAGAAGCCCGGAAAGAUUAAGAGGUUUAUGGAACAAACCUACUCAAUGUUUUACUAUGGUCUAUCUGGCCCUUUUGGAUUGUGGGUAAUGUCUCAUACGCCAUUGUGGUUUUUUGAAACAAGGCCAUUCUAUGAGAAUUAUCCACACAAAACUCAUGACUGGUACUUCAAGGUUUACUACCUAGGCCAAGCUGCUUUUUGGGUCCAGCAGUCUGUUGUAUUAGUUUUACAGCUUGAAAAACCUAGAAAGGAUUUCUAUGAGCUCAUUUUACAUCACAUCAUCACGAUUGCUUUAAUCUGGUGCUCUUACAGGUUCCACUUCACAUGGAUGGGGUUGGAAGUUUACAUCACUAUGGAUGUUUCAGACUUCUUCCUUGCUACAUCCAAAACAUUGAACUACUUGGACUCACCUUUUACCGGACCAUUUUUGGUCCUUUUUGUCUUUGUCUGGGUUUACUUGAGACACUACAUUAAUUUGCGGAUCUUGUGGUCCGUCUUAACUGAAUUUAGAAGCGUUGGGGACUUUGAAUUGAAUUGGGAAACGCAACACUAUAAGUGUUGGAUUUCCCAACCACUUGUAUUUUUGCUAAUCUUUUCCUUACAAAUUCUUAACGCAUAUUGGCUUUUCUUGAUCAUCCGUAUUCUCUAUAGAUACGUGGUCGGUGGAGUCGCGCAAGAUGAAAGAAGUGAUGAAGAAGAUGAAGAUGAAGUGUCAGUUUCUAGUGCUGAAAAGAAAGACCAAUGA